AUGACCAACAUCAACAUCCAAAUCAUCUCUGACACCGUCUGUCCGUGGUGCUACGUCGGCUACCGCCGUCUCUCCCGGGCCAUCACAACCCACAAAGCCACGUACCCGUCCGAUACCUUCACCCUCACCUGGCACGCCUUCUACCUGAACCCGGCCUCCCCGGGGUAUCCCGGCGUCGACAAGCGCGAGUUCUACGCCUCCAAGUUCGGCGAGGGCCGAGCCGCGGCUAUUUUCUCGCGCCUUGCGGCCGUGGGCGAGACCGACGGCAUCGCGUUCAAGUUUGGAGGCAAGACGGGGAAUACCCGUGAUUCGCACCGGGUGCUUUGGUAUGCGGGCUUGAAGGAGAAGGAGGCUGGGGUUCGAGGAGGUGCGGCGGCGACUAACGGGAAUGCGAGCGAGGCGAAGGUGGGUGGGCUGCAGACGAGGGUCGCUGAGCAGUUCUUUCGCGCCUACUUUGAGGAGGAGAAGAAUAUCACAGACCGGAAGGUGUUGGUUGAUGCCGCGGCAGCGGCGGGAUUGGACCGCGGGGAGGUUGAAAAGUUUCUGGAGUCUGGUGACGAAGGAGGAAAGGAAGUUGACCUCGACGCGGAACGAGCGCGACGUCGCUUGGUCACUGGGGUCCCGUAUUUCACCGUGCAAGGGCAAUAUGCCAUAGAGGGCGCGGAUGAGCCUGAGACCUUCCUGGAGGUGUUUGAGAAAGUGAAGCAAAACUCUUAA